CGGACGACUAGACUUCAAAAACACACAAGCAACCGCUGCUGCAGCCCGAGCUUACCUACAGUGCUGUCGGUGCAUCUCUGCGUGACUGCAUUCACAUUGCUAUUGGUGAUGUUUUUUUUUGCUUGUUUUUGCCGACAACGUGGUGACAACUGACUUCGACGUGGCAGUUGCUUGUGUUUUCGAUGAGGGAGCAUUUUGUUAAUUUUUCCAGCAUCACCGAACUUGGCAGCAGCUGUCGGAUUGAGUUGACCCAUUUCACGCCGCAACCCGGAGAUCAUUUUACUACACUGCAAUUUAGAUACCAGUGACCAAUAGGAGGACCCUGUUAAACCCCAAUCUAACCCCCACUGGUACACAUCUGACAGUUAAUCCUACGUGGAUGAAGCAGCAGCCCAGAUUAUCUGUUGCUGGUCUAUCACAUGGCCUGAUGCUCCAUUGCAGGGCUCUGAUCCAGUGGGAGCCUCUGAUCCAGCGCCUGACUGCUAAUCCACCUCCCGGUUGAUAACUCAUGACCUCACAUCCCUGUGUCCUGAUGUGUCGGUGAUAUGGGAGAGUGGUGGACAAGUGUGCCAACAGAGACAUCUAUAGGAAACUAUGAGAUUUCCAGCAUAUCACAUGUGACAAUGUCACCAUCAAGACAAAACAACCUUGUGUCAAUGUACUCUUCUUUGCCCCUGUCCAAAAGCUCCUACAGUGUGAUAAGUGCCUUUUGCACAGAGGAUAAUAUUCCUCAGUGCAUUAUAUACAUCAAUCAGGAGCUUGCCUCACUGGGCCUCUCUUCCACAUGUAUCGAGGCCAGCUCACCCGGGGGAGCUGGCCUGAACACGGUGCCAGCUCUGAAUGCCAUGUAUGAGCUGCUGCAGAUUCACAGACGAAACAUGUGCACUUUAGAGGAGCUGGAGAAAGAACAGCUGAAGAAAUGCAGCACCUUGGAGCACAUACAGAUGAACAAUUCCAGACUCAAGGAUCAGUUGGAACUGUCCAUAAGGGAGAAGUCGGGUUUACAUGAGACAGAGAGGCAGCUACAACUCAAAAUAAAGACUUUGCAGAGUUGCUUAAAAACAGAAAAAGAUGAGGUUCAGAAGCUCCAAAGUAUCAUUGCCAGCCGUGCCUCUCAGUACAGUCAUGAUGCCAAGAGAAAAGAGAGAGAAGCUACGAAGCUCAAAGAACGACUCAGCCAGCUACUGGUCGAUAGAAAGGAUAAAAAAUUAGCUAUUGAUGUACUGAAUUGCUUGGGAAGGUCUGACGGAAAAAGGAGCCACUGGAAGACUGCAAAAGUGACAGCCAGUCAUGAGGGUGAGAUGUACAAGUCCUUGCUCAGUGACUACGAGACGAGUCAGAAGUCCUUGAUGCUAGAGAACGCUGAGCUCAAGAAAGUCCUCCAGCAGAUGAAAAAGGAGAUGAUACAUAUCCUGAGUCCACGCCAGACCUCUACCAGAGGAGCCGGUGCUGAUGACAGCCAGGAGCAGGCGGAUUCAGAUGGGGAGGAGAAGACGGGGGACUCUAGCAGGGAAACACUGGACCAAUCCUGUGAGCAUGCUAGGGAGCAGCUCACCAACAGCAUCCGCCAGCAGUGGCGGAAACUGAGGAACCAUAUGGAGAAGUUAGACAGCCAAGCAUCUCAAGUGCAAAAUCAGCUAGAGUCCAAUAAAGAGGUGAUACCAAGGGAGACCCACGAGGAUGAGAUGGAGAGGAUGAGGUGUGAAGUCCAGCAGUGCAAAGAGUUCAUUCAUGCACAACAACAACUCCUCCAGCAACAACUCAACACAUCAUUUGAUGACGAGACUGCAGCUCUACUUAACGACUGCUACACACUGGAGGAGAAAGAGCGACUCAAAGAGGAAUGGAGGCUCUUUGAGGAACAGAAGAGAAACUUUGAGAGGGAGAGAAAGAACUUCACAGAGGCUGCUAUUCGCCUGGGGCGAGAGAAAAAGGCCUUUGAGGAGGACCGUGCGUCUUGGCUCAAGAAUCAGUUUUUGAACAUGACUCCCUUUACAGACCGUAGGAGAUGUUCCUCAUCUGAUGGUCAAAGUGCCUUAUCGAUCAGAAGUGAGCCAGAGAUGAGGAUGUCUUCCACGAAAGCUGAACUGACCAAAUCAUCAACCUACGCUACCUUCUCCACUCCUAAACCUACACAAAGUGCUGGUGUGCCAUCCACAACUGAGCUGUACCGGACACUUCGCCUAAUACCAGACGGCAGUUCCUCCAGACAUUCAAAUCGGGGACGCUGGCAGGAGUCCAGCACCACUGAAGAUGGAGAUAAACAUGCACAGUCAAAAAACAGAUUUCGAUGUGGAGACCUGAGUAUCUUCUCUCUGGGUGAAGAUGAGAACAUUCUCACUUAAAGAACAACCAGUGCCUUUUCAAAAAAAAUGUGUCUCCACAGUGGACUUUAGCAUCAAUCCAUGGCUGAGUUCCAUCACCACUGAAGAACACUUCAGUUUUUGCAACUGUGUUUUUCAUUGUUGCCUUUUUUAUGGACAUGCACACAUCAUUACUUCACCAAAGCUGAUCAAAUAAGAAAGCACUUUAAUCUGACAUUGUUCAUUUAUUUUCUUUACAAACAAAUCAACACUGACAAUUCAGACUCUAAGCUACAAUCGGGGGGAGGGUAUCUACCAAGUAGAGAUUUGGACAUACUGAUUAUAUGGAAUGCUUAAGUUUUAGUUUUAAAAUAACUUUAAUGUUUACAUAUUGUAAAUGUAUAAAUUAUGAGUUUUAAUGGAAGCAUACAUUGACAUUAGAAUGAUAAUGAUCUACCCUGCUGGUGUAA